CCCUUCGUUGCCCACGUGGCUGGCAAGCGGCUGUUGGCCCGCUGGGCGCGGGCCAGGAUCCAGGGCAGCGAGACGCUCAGCGCCGUGGUCCGCGUCGUGGAGGGCGGCAGCGGCCUCAAGGUGGUGGCUCUGGCACGGCUGACCCCGAUCCCCUUCGGGCUGCAGAACGCCGUCUUCGCGAUUACAGAUUUGUCACUACCCAACUACCUGAUGGCUUCUUCAGUUGGGCUGCUUCCUACUCAGCUCCUGAACUCAUACUUGGGCACUACCUUGCGCACCAUGGAGGAUGUGAUUGCAGAACAAAGUGUUAGUGGCUAUUUUAUAUUCAGUUUACAGAUUGUCAUAAGCAUAGGACUCAUGUUUUAUGUUGUUCACCGAGCUCAAGUAGAACUGAAUGCGGCUAUUAUAGCGUGUGAAAUGGAAAUGAAGACAUCGCUUGUUAAAGACAGUCAACCGAGCAUCAGUGGUUCAACCACAUACUGCAACAAGAGGACAGUAACAUUCUCUGGAGGAGGUGUCAAUAUUGUGUGAUUUCAAGUAUUAAUAAAGUAAGGUUUUGUGAACCUAA